GUCCUGUUCUGUCCCCGAUCGCUCUCUCGCAUUCGCUUGCUCCACCUCAUCCGCACUCUCUGGACUCGACACAUGCUUGGUAAAUUGAAGCUGUUCCUCAAGAAGGGCAAAAAGGCGCCCAGCUCCUUCGAUCGCCCUUCGUCGCCUUCGUUCUUCCGUCCAAAGACUCCCUCGACCCCACACCCUGCCGCAACCAGGACAGACACCCAGUCGAGCACCGAGCCCGUCAAGACCCUCGCCCCGGCUGCCAGAGUAUUCGAGUCCGAAUAUACGCUCGGCCAGACUCUCGGCAAUGGCGCCUUUGCGGAGGUCAAGAACUGCGUCCGCAAAUCGGAUGGCUCAAAGUUUGCUGUCAAAAUCAUCAACAAGAGCCGACUCCAUGGCAAGCUCGACCUUUUGAGAAACGAGGUCGAGAUCCUGCAGUCGAUCCACCACAAUCACAUCAUCCAACUCCACGAUGUUUUCGAAAACGAGGAAAACAUGUAUCUCGUCACCACCCUGGCCACCGGUGGCGAGCUCUUUGAUCAGAUCAUCAAGAAAGGAAACUACACCGAGAGGGACGCCGCCCUCUUGGUGUACCAGCUCUUUGACGCCAUCGCUUAUUUGCAUCGCAAGAACAUUGUCCAUCGCGAUCUCAAGCCUGAAAAUAUGCUCUUCUUGAAUCAUUCUGAAGACUCGCCUCUGAUGCUGACCGAUUUCGGCCUCUCCAAGAUCGCCUCGGGUGACAGCAACCUCCACACGGCUUGUGGUACCCCAUCCUACGUCGCUCCCGAAAUCCUGUCUCAGGACGGCCACGGCAAACCUGUGGACGUAUGGUCGAUGGGUGUCAUCACGUUUGUUCUGCUCUCUGGCUACACCCCGUUCUACGCCGAGGAUCAGCCCACGCUAUUUGCCCAAAUCAUGACCGCGGACUAUGCCUUCGAUCCCGAUCCGUGGGAUACGAUUUCCGCCAGCGCAAAAGACCUGAUCCGUAAACUCCUGGUUGUCGAUCCGUCCAAGCGCUUGACGGCCGAGGAGGCGCUGCGGCACCCAUGGUUCACCGAGGCUGCUGGCACAACACACUUGAAGCACGUUACCGAGAACCUCAGCGCUCGCAAGAGGCUCAAGAAAUCCAUAACGAUGGUCAUUGGCCUGAACCGAUUGCGCCACCUGAGCCUUGACCGCAAAGGCAAAAAAUAGACUCGCCUCGUCUCGCUUCGCCUUUGCUUUAGUUCAUUCUCUUUCUGUCCUUGCUUUGUUAUUCAUUAUUAUUUUUUUUGCUAUUGGAUGCGCAUUCUUCAAGUAUCAUUCGUUUCUGCAGCGUGCGAGGGGGAUUCCACGACAUGACGCAACGCGAGACCCCGGAGGAAAGCCAGCCAGCACCUGUCCACCAUGACUAGAACAGACUUCAUACAGUACCGCAGCGCAGCCGAUGCAAUUCGGUGGGAACGGCCUUUCAUCCGACCCGCGAUUCAUCCACCCGACCUCAUAGAUUGGUGCACAAUAUACGGCUUGUUCGGAACCACA